AUGGACGUAAUAUUUGAAUCUUCCCUUUCGUGUUUUGCUGUUGUGUGCUGAAAUUUUGAAAAUUUCCUAUAAUCAAGUUUUACAAAAUACCUAAUUAAUAUUUAAAUUACAACAUCGCAACCGUGAAUCACAGUAACUAUCAAAAUGCCAUACGCUCGGAAGAAAAUGCAUAGUGGCGAUACCCACUUGCGCCGUCGGUGGCGGCUACGGAGCCGGAAGAAGGACCUCGACGAAAUCAAUCAGGAUCUCCAGACCAGUUCGGACCAGUUGCUAAACCAGGAUGUGGACUUGGAGAAGCCGGGAUUCGCUCAGUUCUACUGCAUUCACUGUGCCACCUACUACAUCAACGAUCGGGCCCUGCAGGACCACUUCCGCACCAAGGUACACAAACGACGCUUGAAGGCCCUGGAGGUGGAACCGUACACUGUGGAGGAUUCCCUGAAGGCUGCCGGACAGGGAAGUUUCGUUCAGCCGCAGAAGCGUAAGAUGGAGACGCAACCAUCGAAACAGGAGUACGCCGAGGGAAAGCGGGUCAAAGUGGAUGUCAUGAUCGAGGAGGAAAAACCGGCGAAGCAGAAUCUGUCCAAGGCACCGAAGUACGACGGGCAGUUCAAGAAGAUUUUGGACGAUCUGAAAGCGCCGGCUACUUAGGAGACGAGUUUGCGGUUUUUGGUUCAGGUAUGUUAGUUUUUAUUAACCAUUUUCUGUAUAUUACAAAAGUGUUUUGCAAAGCAUCGCAA